AGUUUUACUUGUAUGUUUAUAACAUUCUAUCAUGAUUGGUCAUAUCUCCGCACCUCCACCCUGCUGUCGUCCCCCGAAAAUCCACAAGAUGGCGUCUUUGUGUCGUCGAAGCUACCGUGUUUUGUUUGUGGAGUAGUGUGUGUUUUCAUGCGUGUGUGUUCCUGUAGGUUUGUAUGAGUGUGAAUGUGUGUGCCUCUGUGUGAAAGAGGGUCAGCGGCUGUCUGGUAUUCAGAGAGGUAGCUGCUAGCCUGUGCUGAACCAGCAGCAACGGCUAAAAGAUGCACACCACUAGCGACAUGUCCGAAAUAGAGAUGCCUCGGAGCUAAUGUUUGUUUAUUUCAUUGAAAAGACGCUGUUAGUGUUACAUUACAAACACUAGCAGAGAUGGCCGGGAUUAUUAAAAAACAAAUUCUGAAGCAUUUGUCAAGGUUCACCAAGAACCUCUCCCCGGAUAAGAUCAAUCUGAGUACGCUGAAGGGAGAGGGGCAGCUCUCCAACCUCGAGCUUGAUGAAGAGGUCCUGCAGAACAUGCUCGACUUGCCCACCUGGCUGGCUGUCACCCGGGUCUACUGCAACAGAGCUGCCAUCAGGAUACAAUGGACAAAGUUGAAAACAAGCCCCAUCUGCCUGUUCUUGGACAAGGUAGAGGUAGAAAUGAGGACGUGUGAGGAACCCCGUCCACCUAACGGCCCCUCCCCAAUAGCUAUUACAGAAGGCCAGAGCGAGUACGGCUUUGCGGAGAAGGUGGUGGAGGGCAUGUCUGUGAGGAUCAACUCCAUCACCAUCAAGGUGCAGUCACGUGCCUUCCACGCCUCCUUCGAGCUCUGGCAGCUACAAGGCAACAGCCUCAAUCCCAAGUGGCAGCGCAGUGACCUCCGCUACACCCGCGUCACCGACCCGAAGAGAGGAGAGGUGUUGACAUUUAAGGAAAUCAACUGGCAGAGUCUACGAAUAGAAGCAGAUGCUAUUGAGAGUGACGACCAGGAUCUUGGUAGCACCCCGUUACGUCUCAUCACCAAUCAGGGUCGCAUUCGCAUCGCUCUGAAACGCAGAAUAAAGGACUGCAACGUGUUGGCAUCCAAGCUGCUUUUCAUUCUGGACGACCUGCUGUGGGUGCUGACGGACUCUCAGCUCAAAGCCAUCAUCCAUUACUCCAAAUCCUUAAGUGAGGCCAUGGAGAAGUCUGCCCAGCAGAGGAAGAACAGAACUGCUGAGUCUUUACAGACUGCUCCUCCAUCACCUGGCCUCCACAACCUAUGGGCAGACCCCACACCUCCCCCCACUGGCACCCCCAACAGCACAAGCCAAUACUUUGACCUCUAUGACGUCAAGGAGUCUUCCUACCACACCUUCAUAUCCCGCUUGGACUUACACAUAUGCAACGACAGUUCUUCAUUAGAUGAAGAUGAGUCCCCCCCACCGGGCCUGCAAGGUGCCAUGCAGCUAACAUUCAAGAAGCUGGGUUUUGACUACUACCCCGUCCACAGACCUGCUGACGGAUGUCGACACUGGGAACGCCACUGUGGAGCCAUGGAGGCUCAGCUUCAGUGGGCUGCCAAGCUGCUGCAGGAGUACCAGAAGAGAGCAGAGGUUUCUGGGUUCCCUGGGCCGCAAACUGAGACACCCCAGACAAAUAGUAACUCCUUUGAAAACUCUGGUGCAGAUCAUCAAGCCAGUCCCAAGGCCAGCCCCCCUGUCUCAGAGGCCGGAUCCAGAAGGAGCUCUGCAGCGGCUCCUCCUGCACCAUCACUGAAGAGGCUGCGAUCCUGCUGCGUGGUGGUCAGGGUGGAUGACGUGAACAUUCACCAGGUGUCAUCAAGAGGUCGUCAAAACAAGAAGACCCAGUCUUUAUUAUCCUGCAACCGUAAAUCCCUACGUUUCCCCGACAACGUACCUGCAGUUCAUCUGCAGUUAACUGAAUACUACUUCCCAGACAACCCUACUUUUUCAGUGCCCACAACAAACCUGUAUGCCCAGCUGAACGGCCUCCAGCUCUGUGUGGACCCAGCCAGCAUAUUGUGGAUCAAUCUGUUCUCCAGGGGUUUGCUGCACACCCUGGACCAGGUCAAAGCGUUCUACCAUUUGCAAGACAGCAGCAAGGCUGAAGAACAUAUAGAUAUUUGCAUGGAUGCAACUCAGCUCAAGCUUGUGAUACCUUUGGAUUCUUCCAUAUUGGACCAUCCAGAGCGUCCACAGUCCCUCUCGGUCACUGUACCUCAACUAGCUCUCAGCAACACCCACUACUGCCCCAAUGGCUCCAAAGCUGAUCUCAACAGCAUCUAUACCAAGUUUGCCAGCUGCCCUUUCUUCCAGAAAACACCACCCUGCCCCUACCCAAGAGACAGGAGUGCCUUCCACCCAAUCCCGUCCACUUUCCUUGAGCUCUCCCAAGAAACAGAGCCCCAACCUCUGGACAUUAAGAGGCUUCGAUCCCAGGAUGUCUGGUCCCUCAGUCUGUCCCGUGUGACCUUAGGUUUUGAUGGCGCUCGGCGAUUCCCCAAAGGCAGAACUCAACCUUUCGUGGAACCCUUUGCCAUGUCUGUUUGGAUUUGUCAGCCCACCGCCUUCAGAAGUAAUUCACAAUCUUCCUCCUUGAGUCCCGGAGGAGACCAUCAGGCUUCUUCCGAACAGGAAAACACUCCCCUCGCCUCAGUCCACAUUUUGGCCUCCACCGUCACUCCAGUGAAGAUGUGGCUCAAUCAUUACCAGUAUGUUGCCCUCUUGAGGAUGAGGGAUGCCAUGGCUCGGUUGGGGGCAGAGCUGGGCAGAGAUCUACGAGACGUUAAGCAGGCUCACGGCAAGAAGACAAAACCUGCCACGCUUUGUCUCGCCCUCCUAGUGGACACUACAGAAAUGGGUCUCCUGUUGCCUGCAGUGUGCUCAGAGCCUGAAGGCGAGGUCCCUCAUACCCCAGAGACAGACAGUCCGAGCAUGACAGACUCUGACAUGUCUCCCACUCAUCAUCCUGAAGAAAUUGUCCCAGAGGACAACGGGGUGGAAAUCGGCUACUCCGUCAGCACAGUCAAUGAGAACUUUGUUGAUGAACAAGGAGCAGUGGAGGAGGCAUUUGAGGCAGUGGAGGGCGUGGUGAUUGGUUUGGCGGCAGAGAACAACCCAUCUCUAUCACCUGUGCUGUCUCCAGGACACUCCCCCGCCCUCUCCCGCGAACCGUCCACCUUCAGUCUGGAGGGAGAGCUGUCCAGCGCCAUCAACGUCACCAAGGAUGUGACCAAAGAUGCCUUAAGUGCCUCACUGGACCUGACUAAAGGAGCAUUUUCAAUUACAAAAGACGCCUUUAGUCUGCUGAGUCGGGGCUCUGGGAUGAGCAAAUUGUUCAGUGCACAGACGAAGGAACAGGUCCAGCGUUUAGAGGGGCCCUCCCCCAGCCCACGCCACAAAUCCAUGAAGCAGUCGCCUUCCCAGCAUUCCUUUGAUAGUGCGAUCUUGGACGGCAGCCUGGGGGAUGAGAAUCUCUCCGUGCAUAGUGAUUUCAGCGAGACCUUUGUUGUUCUUAUGGACUCAGACUGUAUGGGGGCCAACGUCACUACUCAUGGUCAAGCAAGUCCAGUUCCAGGGACAGACAGACGUUCAUCGGCUGAACUCAGCAGCUCUCUUUCCCACAGUAUUGAGGAUGUGUCUCAGGAUAUGUCGUCAGUCUUGGUGCUGAUCUUGAGUGGAACAGCUUGCACCAUGGAAGUAAAGGGAGAAGACCAAGUUGUGGCUGUGGAAACUCAAAAUCUGAUCCCUGUGCAGAUGGGCAACAUCAGGGUGGCAGACCUGCAUGCUGGACUUGUACAAGCAGUUUCAGGUACAUCCGUCCAGACACAGAAUAACGAGGGCAGCAGAAACACUCCUGCAGUGUGCAUGCGAUCAGAAAUGGGUCCAUCUGCUGCCAGACACUCACCUCUGGCUGAGUCCUUAGGCUUCUUGGAUAUCAGAGUGCAGGACUUCCAGGCGGAGCUGUUAUCCUCCACAGUGUCCAACAUCGGCCCUUUUCUUGAAGAUGAAUUCAGUGUUGAUGGUCAGCUCAUGCAGUUACACUUGAGCAACAUCAGAAUCACUAUUAAGGACGACAGCCCCAAAAUCUACCCUACAGCCCCUCAACCCGUCCCGUCCUCCUUCAUAGUAGACAUGCUGCUCCUGGAGCGUGGUGAAGAUGGCAUGAUGAGGCUUAAAGCUGGAGGUUUGGACCCUAAACUCCUCGCAGGUGUUCCUCUGGAUGGAGUGGAUGAUCUGAGCAAGUUCUACUUGGUUCAACAGAAGAAAGAGAUCAUAGCCCUGGAGUCCCAGCUCUCUGAAACCAAGUCUGCUCUAAAGAAGGCCCUCAGUGACAGAGAGCUCCUCAUUCUGGAAGUCAGGAAGUAUGACCCCGCGUUCACUCUCUGAGUCUCUCUGGUUGUGCACAUCAUAUUCACAGUUAGACCACUCCUGCUGGGGAACUGUGCUGGGAUCAGGCUGAAUGUCAGGAACCAGAAAGACUCAUUCAUGAAAAAGAAGACGACUGAGUUCCAGCUUUGGAUCACUUCCAACUUAUACACUGUCCAUGAGAUUACAGAAGAACCCCUAUAAUCACUAUAACUAAAAAGGGGAACCUAGUGAACUAACCCAUAGGUACGUUACAGGUACUAUUUUUAUCUGGCAGUCUAGAUACUCCUCACUGCUGUACUAAACACCAAUUAUUCUGCUUCUUCUUUCUCAUCCAAAUCAGUGUGAACAGUGACGUUAUUGUGUGAUUUCUGUGUUUGUCACACAGCAUGCAAGGGUAAAUAUCACCAAGCUUUAAUUCUUUCCAUUGUAGUAUUUGUGUUACAGGCAUUUAAGUUGUGCAUACGCCAAAACCUCCUCUUCACAUGCACUUACACUGCCAGACAGAUGCUCCCCUUCCAUAGCGCAACUUUCUGGUCAAGCAUGCUUAAUGAACAGUGUUCAUUUACACACCGCUCAUUAAUAAAACAGACUCAGUACUAUAGACUGCCUCUGUUAGGUGUUUCAUUUUAAAGUAUUGUGAUAUAUAUACAUCUGCUGUUAGGAGUUGGUAGGUCGGGAAAACAAUGCACUUUUUAUUUUGAGUACAGAAAACAGAACACUGCUUUCAUUGAGAGGGUAAUGCAUCUAAUUCAUCCACCUCAGUUGCUUUAUCACCACGAAGGAAUGGUUACACACUCUUAUCGAGCUCUCAGAACGCGGGUUGGAUCAUUCCCAGUGUUAUUCUUACUUUGAAAUGUUGAUCAUGCUGCUUUUGUACUGUGAAACUGCGCUGUGGCUGAAUGUUCACUCAUGAUGACACGCCUUUGGAUUUUCCUCCCUCAGCUGGGGGAGAGCAGGUUGAGCAGCUUAUGAUUUUGUAACUGGGUUUUCUCUGUUUUCACGCUAACUCUAUGGUUUAGAGAAAUUUGGAGAGAUUACAGCAGCAGCUACCACAGUUUUAAAACUUGAUCUCCUUAAACUUGUUUUGUAACUCACUAGGAAACAAGUCCCACUGCUCAUGUUUUUACUCCAGUGGACAUUUACUAUGCACUGCAUAGUUUUAAGACAUCACUCUGGAUAUUUUUUUACUUGUUAAUAUUUAUUUAGAUUCCUUUUAAGCAUGUUUUUUUUUAAUAUUAUACAGUGUUUUGAAGCCAUAUUGAUCAAAGAAUAUGUCAUUGUUUGUUUCUGAUUUGUUGUAGAUUUUUUCUUGCCAGAUAAAAAUUUCUGAUACCUUCUGAUACAUUUCCAUGCAUAUAUUUGUUAUGCAUGAAUACAAACAAUGAUGGACUUGUUCAUCACAAAGACUGUAACAGUGUAACAUUCAUGUAAUGAACACUUAAUGAAAAGUUUGUCUCUAUGAGCAACAUUUUAUGCACAAAGGUUCUAUUGUGUAACAUUGGUUCAGAGUUUACUCUGAGGUAUGGUGAUCCAUCUUAGUGCUUGCAAAGCUGUUACCAACCUUCACUUUCAUUUGUCAUGUUCCCACUGUUUGCUCGUGAGACCCCUGGUGGCUGUGAUUUGCCAUUACACUCCCCAUUCCUAACAUCAUUUGUUCUCUAUCCUUCCUUUCUUUUUUCAAACACUGGUUGCCUUGCGAGUGUUGAAUGACAUAUUUACAUUCUUGAAAAGGAAUGUGGAAUAUUUCAGCAAUAGAAAGACAGCUUUGAUCUGACCAAAAAUAUGUUAAAACAGUAACACUACACAUGUUCAUGUACAACUCUUCCAUUUGUAAGUUGCCUAAUAUCAAAGAAAAAAAAGAUCUACCUGACUCUCAUCGUUUAGCUGCAUGUGGAAUCAAUCCAUCCUCACUCCAUCAGUGUUAUAGAGCAGAGAUACUGCCCGUUAGCCUCAGUAUCACCUCUAGUUGUGAUCUAUUUCUCAGUUUUUGAUGUUGAUGUUUUGCAUGGCCUUAGUGGAAAAAGACACUUUCAUGAUAUUGAACCUCCCAUACUGGGUGCAACAUGUAGCUGUUAAGGUUUGUCCCAUUUUCUCUCUCCUCUGUCAGGUCUGUGUUAAGUAGCAUCCAUGAUGUGUUGACAAACUGGUGCUCUGAGUUCUAUCUGCUCAUCACUUUGCAAAAUGUGGAGAUGGACAGAUAAUCAAGGAAAGCUGAUGUCAUGAUUAGUGGUUUCUCUCUUUUCAAACGACUGAACGGGCAAAAUGUCGCCACUUGAAAGCAGAUGCAUGUACUGGAGUGAUGUAUAAUUUCUGCCUUGUGAAUUAUUUGCACUUGUGUGAUACAUUCACUGGAAAUUGCACUUGUUCUCACUUCAGGGAUUGCAGAAGAGUCCUUGUGAAAUCUUCCGAAGUGAUGCAAAUGUUGGAGACUUUGUGGACAGUAUUUUUGUCAGUUAUGUGGAGUUACAUUGGAUUUUUGUAAUGUCUUUAUCACUUAAUUAAGACUAAUUUUAAUCUGGUUCUGUGAACCAAAGCUAGUAUGUGUAAAAUAUUUUAAAGAUGAAAGAAUAAAUGAUUAACUGCUGAACACA